AUGUCUAAUAUGGCAGGAUCGAGUACCUCUGAGCUGCGAACUCCAAUUUUCAAUGGCGAAAAUUAUGAGUUCUGGAGUAUCAGAAUGAAAACUAUUCUGAAAUCUCAUGGUUUAUGGGAUCUGGUCGAGAAUGGGUUAAGUGACCUAGAUCUGAAGAAGGAGAAAGAGGAGGCUGUAGACACUGAGAAGUCUAUGGUGGUUCAGACUCUGAUGAAGGAUGCUCGUGCACUUGGAUUGAUCCAAAGUGCUGUUUCAGAUCAGCUAUUUCCAAGGAUCGUGAAUGAGGAAACUUCGAAGGGGGCUUGGGAUAUUCUGAAGCUGGAAUUCAGAGGAGAUAAACAGGUACGAAAUGUCAAAUUGCAAGGGCUGCGUAGGGAAUUUGAAUAUACCCGCAUGAAGGAUAGUGAAUCUUUAUCUGUAUAUCUGGUUAGGUUGUUUGAUAUAGUAAAUCAUAUGAAGAGUUAUGGUGAGGAACUAUCUAGAGAGAGAAUUGUCCAGAAACUAUUGUUUAGUUUACCUAAAUCUUAUGAUUCUAUCUGCUCUGUAAUUGAACACUCUAAGGACCUUGAAACACUUGAGGUUCAAGAGGUUGUUGCUUCACUGAAGAGCUUUGAGCUCAGAUUGGAUAGACACACUGAGAAUUCUACAGAAAAGGCCUUCACUAGUCUGAAUGUUGGUAGGAAAAACCUUGACCCUAGUCUGAAUGUUGGUAGGAAAAACCUUGAAAAUUCUGCAGAUCAAAUAUCUCAGAAAAAUUGGAAAUCCAACGAUGGAAACAAAAUGGCCUGCAAACAUUGUGACAGAUUUCAUUAUGGAAAAUGUUGGUAUGAAGGAAAACCUAAAUGCCAUGGUUGUGGGAAGCCUGGACAUAUGAUCAGAGAUUGCUAUGGACACAAGAAUGUGCAGAGAGUGAAUUAUGCAAAUCAGGAGGAAGAUUGUGGCACUUUGUUUUAUGUGUGUAAUGCUGCAACUGAUGUGAAGGUAAAUCACUCUUGGUAUAUUGACAGUGGUUGUAGUAACCACAUGACAGGAGAUGAGGGACUUUUGGUCAAUAUUCAAAGGAAUUUGAGCUCUAAGGUGAAGAUGGGAACUGGAGAAGUGGUCCCAGUUGCUGGAAAAGGGACUUUGGUGAUAAAAACUAAGUUAGGCAAGAAGCACAUUCAUGAAGUAAUGCUUGUACCUGGCCUUGAAGAAAAUUUGCUUAGUGUUGGGCAAAUGAUGGAACAUGGCUAUCACCUUGUGUUUGGAGGAAAUGUGGUGAGUGUUUAUGACAAUCAGUCACUAGAAAAUCUGAUUGUGAAGGUGCAGAUGACAAAUAACAGAUGCUUUCCAUUGACAAUGAUGCCUGCGAGUGAGUUGGUCCUAAAAGCAAGUGUCACACAUUGCUUGCAGACAUGGCAUAAGAGGCUGGGGCAUUUAAAUGAAAGAAGUAUAAAAUUGCUUGAGAACCAAGGGAUGGUUCAUGGCUUACCUCACUUGGAGCAGAAGUCAGUCGUAUGUGAUGGUUGUAUGCUUGGAAAACAGCAUAGGGAUUCUUUCCCUUUGGAAUCCACUUGGAGAGCUUCAAACCCUUUGGAAUUGGUUCACACAGACAUCUGUGGACCAAUGAAAACAGAAUCAUUAUCUGGAAACAGGUACUUUCUACUGUUUACAGAUGAUUUUACUAGAAUGUCAUGGGUGUACUUCAUCAGAAAUAAGUCAAGUGCAUUGGAAUGUUUUAGAAAAUUCAAAGCUAUGACUGAGCUGCAAAGUGGGUAUAAGAUAAAAGGCUUGAGAAGUGACAGGGGUGGAGAGUUUCUAUCUGGAGAAUUCAACAAGUUUUGUGAGGAAUCUGGUAUUCAAAGGCAGCUAACUAUGGCAUAUUCUCCACAGCAAAAUGGAGUGGCCGAGAGGAAGAACAGGACAGUAGUGGAAAUGGCCAAGUCCAUGUUGCAUGAGAAAGGUGUUCCCUAUGAGUUUUGGGCAGAAGCUGUAAAUACAGCAGUCUAUCUGCUGAAUAGAUGUCCUACCAAGGCUCUUAACAAGAUAACACCAUUUGAAGCUUAUACUGGCAGAAAACCAGGAAUUGCACAUUUAAAAAUAUUUGGAUCUCCUUGUCAUGUGCUUAUUCCUUCAGCAUUGAGGCAUAAGCUUGAAGAAAACAGUCACAAGUGUAUUUUUGUAGGCUAUGGUCUCUGUGAAAAGGGAUAUAGGCUGUUUGAUCCAAGUACUAGGAAGAUAAUUCUGUCCAGAGAUGUGCAAUUUGAUGAAAAUGGCUUAUGGAAGUGGGAAAAUACAAAUGAAGAAGAAAUGGUAGUCCCUUUGCCUACUGAGAAUCAAAGCUGA